AUGAAGGUAGCUGCCCGUGCCAGAGUCGUUCAGCUUUGCACAGCCACGAAGGAGGGCUGCAAGUACAACGGGCGAGGAGCCCUUUUCGGCCUCGUCUGCCUUCAUUUUGCUAAACAAUCCGAAUGCCUCGUUUAUAGAGCCACAAUCAACGCAAGCUCCGAUUACAGCGCUCCACAAUCCGUUAACCAAAGCAUUCCAUGCCACGACAUCUCUUUCAGGCAUUUUAUCAAACACAUUCUUAGCCUCCACCAAGCACCCACAUUUCACAUAGAAAUCGACCAGCGCUGUACAAACAUACACAUCCUUUUCAAGACCGUACCUUUUCGAUUGCUCGUGGAUUCUCGUGCCGGUUUCGAAAUCCUGCAGAGCAGCGCAGGCCUUGAGGACGAAAGGGUAGGUGUACUUGGUGGGCUCGACGCCGGAGCCCAUCAUCUGACCGUACAAAUCGAGGGCCGUUUCGAAAGGCCCGGCCCACGCGUAGGCCCGGAUCAAUUGGUCCCACAGUAUGGUCUUGCUCUUCUUUUGGUGAGUUGGGAUCGAGUCGAAAACUCGGUGUGCGAGCUGAGGGCUGUUGCAGGAAAU